AUGAUGAGGCUCUCGGAACCAAUAUUAGACAUGGAAAUGGCAAACUACAGUGAAGUUUUAGAUCCAACGUAUACUGCACUGGAGUUCGAAACUAUGCAGAUUCUGUAUAAUGGCAAUGAUAGUUCAGGCGAAGCUCCCAACAUGAAUACUGUUGACAGUGGAGUCAGCAGUCUCUGUGCAAUAUGUGGAGACCGAGCAACCGGAAAACAUUAUGGUGCUUCCAGUUGUGAUGGAUGCAAGGGAUUCUUCAGACGAAGUAUACGGAAAAAUCAUGUUUAUACAUGCAGAUUCAAUCGACAAUGCGUUGUUGACAAGGACAAAAGGAAUCAAUGCAGAUAUUGUCGUUUAAAAAAGUGUUUUCGAGCAGGAAUGAAAAAAGAAGCUGUACAAAAUGAACGGGACAGAAUAAGUACAAGAAGAAACAAUUUUGAUGGCUGCAACAUUCCAUCUAUUAGCACACUGUCACAAGCUGAGACACUCUCCCGUCAGAUCUCAGUCUCCAGUCCUGGUGCAAGCACUGACAUAAAUGCUAAGAAAAUUGCUGGUAUUAGUGAUGUCUGUGAAUCUAUGAAGCAACAACUUUUGGUCCUGGUGGAAUGGGCUAAAUAUAUUCCAGGCUUCUGUGAAUUACCAUUGGAUGACCAGGUUGCCCUGUUAAGAGCACAUGCUGGGGAACACCUGUUGCUUGGAGCAGCAAAACGGUCUAUGGGGUAUAAGGACAUUUUACUUUUAGGUAACAAUUACAUAAUCCAUCGCAACAGUACAGAAGUAGAGAUCAGUCGAGUGGCAAAUCGGAUUCUAGAUGAACUAGUUCGACCCUUCCAGGAAAUUCAAAUAGAUGACAAUGAGUAUGCUUGCUUGAAAGCAAUUGUGUUUUUUGACCCAGAUGCAAAGGGCUUGAGUAAUCCAGUAAAGAUUAAGAACAUGCGGUUCCAAGUCCAAAUAAGUUUAGAGGAUUAUAUCAAUGACCGUCAAUAUGACUCCCGAGGAAGAUUUGGAGAACUUCUGCUUCUACUGCCUACACUCCAGAGCAUCACUUGGCAAAUGAUUGAGCAAAUACAGUUGGUUAAACUAUUUGGAAUGGUUAAAAUUGACAGUUUGCUUCAGGAAAUGUUACUGGGAGGUACUUCUAAUGAUGCCAGUCAUCUGCAUCAUCCAGUACAUCCUCACUUAGCCCAAGAUCCAUUAACUGGCCAAACUAUCCUCAUAAGUUCAAUGUCUGCUCCUGUACAUGCAGAACAGAUUUCAACUCCAGAAACUCCAUUACCUUCCCCUCCUCAAGGCUCUGGACAAGAAUACAAAAUGUCUACAAACCAGGCUUCAGUAAUUGCACAGCAGUCUAUUUUGAAACAAAAAACAUUGUGAUAAUGUUUCUCUCUUUGUCUUGCUCUUCAUACCUUCCUUCUUUAUCCCAGUCUUUCCCUUCUUGCUCCCUCCCUCCUUUCCUUCUUUCUUCCUUUUUAUGCACUAAAUAAAUUGGUAGGACACUUGCACAUUAAAAAUCUCAGGAUGAUAAAGGAGAUUAUUUCCUCAGCAGCCACUACUGUGGGUGUUUCUUAAAACCCUUCAUGAUUUGGAAAGUAAUACUUCCUCUUCUAACUGACGUGUGCAGCUGUAACUGUGGCUACUGCAGUCUGAAAAAUAUGUAUAAAGGUUGAUACUAUUUUCUGAUCUUUUAACUGCACAGAUUCUUUUUUUUUUUUUCCUGUUGUAGUUGUUGUCUUAAUAUUAUUGUU